UUUUUAUAAAAUUAACCAAAAGCUUUGUUCUUUGGAAAUAUCAGAAGAACUAACGCGCGCCGUAGCAGAAAAUGUGUACUCCGCAUAGCAUAAUUGAGCAGUUGGGUUGUAGAGCCUUUGAUGAAGCGGUCAAUGCAGCGAGCAAAGCAGGGAAAUAUGUUCUUCAGUACAGGACGAACUUGGACAAAUUGCGAACUGAAAUGAGAAGUCUUGAAGAUCGUCGGGUAACAAUUGAAAGAAAAGUUCGCGAGGCCAAUGAUCGCGGUGAAGAGAUUGAGAAUGCUGUUUCACACUGGCAAACGGACGCAGACGAGAUGAAAAAUUAUGUUCAGGACCUUAUCGAGCGAAGUACAGCCGAGGCAAAAAUGCACUGCUUUGCAUGCUCAUGUCCUAACAUCAAGGGGCGGUACCGAUUGAGCAAACAAGCAGAAGAGAAGACAGCUGAUGUCAAGAAACUCGCUCAGGAAAGCCAUUUUGAUGAAAUCUCGCACCCUAAGCCGCCUCCUCCAGAACUUGAAUUUCCAUCCACCGAUAAUUAUGUUCACUUGGCAUCUAGGACACCAAUUUUGGAGGCUAUUGUGGGUGUGUUAAAAGAUCCCGAAGUUAAAAUGAUUGGCGUAUAUGGGCUCGGAGGGGUCGGUAAGACCACAUUAGUCGAGAAGGUCGCCAAAAAAAUGCUAGAUGAUGGAACUUUUAAGCAAGUCCCGCUAGUAGCUGUCUCUAAGGAUCUUAAUGUGAAGGACAUACAAAAAAAACUGGCUGACAAAUUGAAUUUUACAUUGGAUGCAGCGAAGGAUGAAAAGGGAAGAGCGAUUGAGUUGUGGAAUAAAUUCAAGAACGGCGAGAAAUAUCUCGUAAUAUUGGAUGACAUUUGGGAAAAGGUGGACCUGAAGGCAAUAGGUAUUCCUGUCAUGGAAGGAAAUAUAGGGUGUAAAGUUGUGCUAACGUCUCGAAACGAAGAUUUGUUAAGUAUCAAAAUGAAAGCCGAUAGAAAAUUUCCAAUUGCAGAGCUAUUGGAGGCAGAAGCAUGGGAACUAUUCAAGAAGAAUGUGGGAAAUACCAUCGAGUCUCGGCCAGAAAUAGAUUCCCUAGCACGACAAGUGUGUAGAAAAUGCCAAGGUUUGCCGGUCGCCAUAAAUGUUGUUGGAGCCGCGUUGGAAGAUAAGCCAGUCUUUGUGUGGAAGAAUGCACUCGAAAAACUUGAUAGGUACAUGAUCACGAACAUUGAGGGCAUUGACCAAACUGUUUGGGCUUCUUUAAAGUUGAGCUACGAUAUGUUGGGGUCCUCGGAUGCAAAAUCUUGUUUCUUGCUCUGUUGUUUGUUUCUUGAAGAUGCCGAGAUAUCAAUCGACGACUUGACGAGACAUUGUGUGGCGAAUAGUUUGCUUUCUCAAAAUCCACACACACUUGAUGAAGCAAGAAAUGCUGUGCGUACAGUGGUGGAUGCCCUCAAAUCAGCCUCUUUGUUGUCAACUGACUAUCACGAAAAUGUUGUCAAAAUUCAUGAUGUUAUAAGAGAUGUCGGUAUCUCAAUUGCACGGGAGGAAAAAUCAUUUCUGAUAGAUCAUGGUGCCCAUGAAUGGCCACGCAAUAGUAGGAAUGUGACAUCGUAUUCAGCAAUCUCAUUAAGUUUCAAAAGUAUUAAAGGGCUUCCCAAUGGGUUGGAAUAUCCACAACUCCACACCUUGAUGGUUGACAACAGGGAAUUUUCCGAUCUUGAGGUUCCAGACAAUUUUUUCAAUGGAAUGAUCCAACUUACAGUGGUGACUAUUACUCGAAUGCGUAUGCGGCGACUCCCGUCAUCACUUGCAAAAUUGGCGAACCUUCGGAUGCUAUAUCUGAAUGAAUGCGAGUUGGACGAUAUUGCUAUACUUAAGGAGCUGAAGAGUAGCCUUGAAGUCCUCAGCUUCAGGGGUUCUAAUAUCGAGGCAUUGCCGCUAGAGAUCGGACAGUUGACUGGUCUACGAGUGUUAGAUCUCCAAAAUUGUGACAAACUCAAGAUGAUUCCUGGAGGUGUCAUUUCCAAUUUGACUAGCCUGGAGGAAUUGUACUUUCCGCAAAAUUUUGACAAAUGGGAGGCCACAACUGACAAGCAACAAGACACGAGCAGCAGAGAGAAUGUGAGCCUCGAGGAGCUGCGACGGUCAUUGAGUAUUGGAAAAUUAACCACUUUACAUAUCUUUAUACCAGAUGUCAUGCUAUUACCGAAGGAGGACCUAAUAUUUGGGAACCUGAAGGGAUUUAAGAUAUCAGUGGGUAAUAAAUUCAAACCUUGGGAAAAAUUUCCUCGAAGAUGCACAUUGAAAUUGGAACGUAUUGAUCAGUUAAGAAAUGAGUUCAUCUCUUUGGUGGACAAAGCUGAACAUGUAAUCCUCAGUGAGAUUGAGGGUUUGAAGAAGGUGUUUCAUGAUAGAGGUGUUGAAAAUAGAUUUCUUGACUUGAAAUACCUCGAAGUUACAUUAUGUUUUGAGGACUUGGAAUAUCUUUUUGGUGAGUCAAAAUCAUCCAUGCAAAGUCAUGGGCUUCAUCACUUACAGCCAUUCAAUAAUUUAACUACGUUAAUUAUUAAAAAUUGUAAGUCAAAGUAUCUCUUCUCCCCAACCACCGCAAAAGGACUUGUUCAUCUUGAAGUGCUAGAAGUAAGAUCCUGUAAAAUCAUGGAGGGAAUAGUUGGAUUUGAAAGACGAAAUGAUGAAGAUGAACUCACCAGUGAGGUGAAGUUCAGUAAACUGGAGCACCUGCAAUUGGAAGAUCUACCAAACCUCUUAAGCUUUUAUGCCCAAAAGGAGAAGAUGGAAACAAUCACGGGAAGCACUUCUUCCUGUGCCCAACCUCUUCUCGGUGAAAAGGUUAUUUUCCCCGUGUUGGAGAAAUUGAGCAUUCGAAAGGUGCAUAAAAUAAUUGAGAUUUGGGACAAGCAAUCAAUAGCAGUCUUAGAAGAACAAGGGUCUUUCUGCCAACUGACGGAUUUGGAUAUCUCUGAAUGCGAGAAACUGAUGCAUGUGUUUUCUUCCAAAAUGCAUUCACCGUUAAAGAAACUGAAAGAGCUAAGCGUGAGUGAUUGUCCAACCAUGGAGGGAAUAGUUGAAUUUGAGGGAGAGAUAGGUGAGGAUGGGCUCAGAAAUGAGGUAUGUUUUAGCGAAUUGAAUUCCUUGGAAUUGUCCAGUCUACCAAACCUUGGAAGCUUCUGUACCAAAUUGGGGAAGGCGGGCACAAUUGAAGGCAACUCCACUAUCCAUGCACUACCUUUAUUCAACGGAAAGGUUAUUUUCCCAGUGUUGAAGAAAUUGAGCAUUCAAAAGGCGCAUAAAAUAAUUGAGAUUUGGGACAAGCAAUCAAUAGCAGUCUUAGAAGAACGAGGGUCUUUCUGCCAACUGACGGAUUUGGAUAUCUCUAAAUGCGAGAAACUGAUGCAUGUGUUUUCUUCCAAAAUGCAUUCACCGUUAAAGAAUCUGAAAGAGCUAAGCGUGAGUGAUUGUCCAACCAUGGAGGGAAUAGUUGAAUUUGAGGGAGAGAUAGGUGAGGAUGGGCUCAGAAAUGAGGUAUGUUUUAGCGAAUUGAAUUCCUUGGAAUUGUCCAGUCUACCAAACCUUGAAAUCUUCUGUACCAAAUUGGGGAAGGCGGGCACAAUUGAAGGCAACUCCACUAUCCAUGCACUACCUUUAUUCAACAGGAAGGUUAUUUUCCCAGUGUUGAAGAAAUUGAGCAUUCAAAAGGCGCAUAAAAUAAUUGAGAUUUGGGACAAGCAAUCAAUAGCAGUCUUAGAAGAACAAGGGUCUUUCUGCCAACUGACGGAUUUGGAUAUCUCUGAAUGCGAGAAACUGAUGCAUGUGUUUUCUUCCAAAAUGCAUUCACCGUUAAAGAAUCUGAAAGAGCUAAGCGUGAGUGAUUGUCCAACCAUGGAGGGAAUAGUUGAAUUUGAGGGAGAGAUAGGUGAGGAUGGGCUCAGAAAUGAGGUAUGUUUUAGCGAAUUGAAUUCCUUGGAAUUGUCCAGUCUACCAAACCUUGAAAGCUUCUGUACCAAAUUGGGGAAGGCAGGCACAAUUGAAGGCAACUCCACUAUCCAUGCACUACCUUUAUUCAACGGGAAGGUUAUUUUCCCAGUGUUGAAGAAAUUGAGCAUUCAAAAGGCGCAUAAAAUAAUUGAGAUUUGGGACAAGCAAUCAAUAGCAAUCUUAGAAGAACGAGGGUCUUUCUGCCAACUGACGGAUUUGGAUAUCUCUGAAUGCGAGAAACUGAUGCAUGUGUUUUCUUCCAAAAUGCAUUCACCGUUAAAGAAUCUGAAAGAGCUAAGCGUGAGUGAUUGUCCAACCAUGGAGGGAAUAGUUGAAUUUGAGGGAGAGAGAGGUGAGGAUGGGCUCAGAAAUGAGGUAUGUUUUAGCGAAUUGAAUUCCUUGGAAUUGUCCAGUCUACCAAACCUUGAAAGCUUCUGUACCAAAUUGGGGAAGGCGGGCACAAUUGAAGGCAACUCCACUAUCCAUGCACUACCUUCAUUCAACGGAAAGGUUGCUUUCCUUUUUAUGGAAGUUUUAAAUUUUACAGAUUUAUUUGAGAUAGAAAAGAUUUUGGACGACCAACCACUCGCAGAACAAGAAAAAGAAGUUAAAUCCUUCUGCCAACUUAUGAAGAUUGAUGUUGGUGGUUGUAACCAAUUGGAGUGUUUAUUGCCCUCCUAUAUGCUUCCUCAGUUUAAGAAUCUGCAACAACUCUGGAUAUGGGAAUGUAGGAAGAUGGAGGUGAUAAUCUCAAACAACCCAAAGGAGAAAGAAGCCACCAACAACAAUGAUACCAUUCGGUUCCCUCAGUUAAAGAAUGUGUUGCUUCACGAAUUGCCUAAUCUCAAAAGUUUCAUAUGUAGUGAUGAAACGCAACUCUUCUUCUCCGACAAGGAUGCAUUCCCAGUGUUGGAGGAAAUAGACCUCGAUGAAGAUUCAGAGGAUGCAUUCCCAGUUUUGGAGGAAAUAGACCUCGAUGAAGAUUCAGAGAUUUUGCGAGACGGGACUUAUACGAAAGAGGUAUCCAUAGAGAAAUGUAGCACAAGUGGCAAAAAAAAUGACCAUAAUGGUGAAGAACUUGAUGAAGAUAUAGAGACUCCACCGAAAGAGGUAUCCAUGGAGGCAUGUAGCACACGUGGCAAAGAUAGCAACCACAAUGGUGAAGAACUUGAUGAGACUCCAACGAAAGAGGAAUGUGGUACAAGUGGCAAACAAAAUGACUAUAAUGGUGAACAAGGCUGAAGAUCAUGAUGAUGUAGUUUGCGCAGGAAGUUACGGGCGCGAUCGGAUUGCUGGUGAGACAUGCAAGAGUGCAUUGGAGUAGUCUCCUGCAUCCAAGUGCAAAACUACUUAUUCCAUUUAAUAAGUUGAAGACGCAUCUGAUGAUGAUGCUUUCUCUAUUUGGACUGUAAGAAGGAUAAUUUUCUAGUUUCCAUGUUUGUUUGUGUUUUAAGCUACAAUCGCUUUUAUAGUUUCCAAUUCGAGCUGGACCUCACAUUGAAAACUUGUUUGUCCUUCGUAUUUGCAUGUUUAUGAACUUUUGUGAGGUUGCUUCUUGGACGACUAUUUUGCAAACUAUAUCUGUAAUAAUGUUCGUGAACUUAUGAACUUACCUAAAUGAGUUGUGUUUUUUA